GUGAUCCUAUAGAAAUCAUUUAAAAAAAACGUUAUCUAAGAAACGUGAAUGACACAGAGCUUUGUCAAAUAUAACUAAACAGGAUUCAAUUUUACUGACUUAAAAAAUAAUUAAAAAACGAUGUGUAAUAAAGAUUCUAUCAAAUAUAUUCUGUUACCAUAAGUGACACACAAAAGGAAUUAACUAACAACUAUCUUUCUGCUAGAAAUUUAAUAUUUAAGAUCAUCCUAAAUCCUCAUUUCUGCAGUCCAUAAAACAUAGUAAGGGUUUUCUUUUGCUGAGGCAACCGAACUAUGAAAAGAAAAAGACAGAUUUCGAAAGAAAUCUCUUACAAGGAUAAUGAUAACACAGGUUUGAAAUUACAAUCGCUGUCAGGAAACCAGACCAUAGACCAGAGGAAUAUCCAACCAUCUGUUGCUAUCUGUUCUGUUUUUAAAAGAAUUUUUCAUGAUCUGGAUCUACGACCUAUUUCUAAGUAUAUUAAUGUGCGAGAAGGCCAGAAUAUCAGCACACCAAAAACCCCAACUUGCAAACGCAGAUGUGUUCUCGGUAAUGAUUUACUAAAACGUGGUUUUCAUCUUCAAAAUAAUGAUAUGUUAAAUAAGCACUGAUCUUCUUAUCAUUCUCUUCGUUUCAGGUGUUGAUUUGGUGUCAAACCAGAAUCAAAAUACGCCUUUGCAAAGAAGCUGUUUGACAUCUUUAUCAUGUAAGCAGAAAUAUGUACACAGGAGAAUAUCGGCUAAGAGAGUGAAUAUUAUAAACCUUUUGGUAGUGUUAUAUCUAAUGUUUUGUUCUAUGUGUAGCUAAAGAUAAAAGCUCAGCAGAAAAUAAAACACUACAGAAGUGUCUACAGCGAAGGAAGAAAAUACCAGUUCUCAGGGACAUUACUAAUUUCAGUGAAACACAUUUCAGUGAAGUUGAUAAUGCUCAAGAAGGUCUGUGUACAAGGACACCAAAAACUCCAAGUUAUAAACGUAGACGUGUGCUCGGUAAGUCUAUUUAAUAAACCUAAAAUUUUACAUGAUCUUAUUUAAUAAUAUACAUGAUUGCAGGUGUGUCUCUGGACUCAAACCAGUCUACAAAAACUACAGAGAAGAGAAGUUGUUUUACUGUUUUGUCAUGUAAGAAUGUAUAUGUAUCUAAAUCUAAACAAAUGGUUUAAAAAAUGAAGUACAUGUUUCUAAACAAAAGAAUGUUUUUGGUAGUGUUUUUUAUAAUUUUUACAAAAUUGUGUAGCUAAAGAUCAGAGGUCAACAGAGACAAACACCACACAUGUACCAAACAAGAGGAAGCAACGACAGAACAAAAUAUCAGUUGGAUAUGACAUUCCCAAUAUAGACCAACUACACGAUGAUCAUAUUGAAGAUGAUCUAGAAGAAAUGAAUGAUUGUGAUGUUGAUAUUGAAGGUGAUUUGUUUUCAUAUGUGUUUUAAUAGUAUUGAUGUUACAGAAUUUGUACCUCUUUGUCCUAACGUUUUUGUACCUAUUUUCAUUGUACAGGAAUAAUUGAGGAAAUUGAUGCUGACCUAGAGUUUGAUGUUAGCUCACAAGAAACUACAGACUCUGAAAAUGAUGAUCUCGGCGUAGAUGUAUCUAACGCAAACAUAACAUAUCCAUUUAGGCAAGAAGUCAAAAGAAAAACUAAACCUCUUAGAAAGAGUUCUAUAUGUAAAUCAAGAGGUAUAUGAUAUAUUCAAUUUGCAUGUGAAUUUCAUUAUGGUUGUAUUUGCUAUAAUAUUAAAAGUAUAUUGUCGUUUUUAAAAUAUGCAGAUUAUAUAGAUGAGGGUGAUCCAUCAUACACAUGUUCCCAUUGUGGUGCUAUUAUGUGGUAUGGAGAACGGAUUAACAGGCGCAGGAAUACACAUACUCCUUCUUUUACUUUAUGUUGUGGGCAAGGUCAAGUUGUGCUGCCCCUUCUAAAAGAACCACCAGAAGUACUGAAAAAGUUAAUGAUGGGAGAUGACAAGUUAAGCAAACAUUUUCAGAAAAAUCUCAGAACUUAUAAUAUGGUUUUCUCAUUUACUUCGCUUGGAGGAAAAGUUGAAAGAUCCGUGAAGAAAGGUGUUGGUCCAGAUAUGUUUCAGUUGCACGGAGAAAAUUACCAUCUACUUGGGAGUUUGAGACCACCAGAUGGUAAGACAGCCAAAUUUGGACAGCUAUACAUAGCUGACACUGAAAAUGAAGUGAAAAACAGAGCCAAUUGUUUGAGCAAGAGUAGCAUGAGUGUAAAAGUAAAAAAAGCUGAUACUUUGAAGGAAGAAAUCAUUGAGGUUUUGAUGAAGAUGUUGAAUGAAGUGAAUCCCUAUGUUAAGCAGUUUAGGUCUGCCAGAGAACGAUUUGAUACAAAUCCUGAAGAUGCAUUUCACAUGAGGAUUAUUAGUGAUAGGCUCACUGAUGGAAGAACCUAUAACGCACCUAUGGCAUCUGAAGUGGCUGCAUUAAUUCCUGGCGAUUUUAAUCUUGAUAUGGAUAAAAGAGAUAUAGUGCUUCAACAACAUUCAGGAAAGCUUAUGAGAAUUAAUGAAAUUCAUGCAUCCUAUCUAGCACUCCAGUAUCCUCUACUGUUCACAUAUGGAGAAGAUGGUUUCAGGCUUGGGAUUAAGAAAGGUGUUACUGAAGCUACCAAGAAACAGAAGAAAGCUACAAUUAGUAUGAGGCAGUUCUUUGCAUAUCGUCUUCACGAACGCAAGAAUGAGUCGGGACAUCUCCUUCAUGCUCGACGUCUAUUUCAACAGUUUUUGGUUGAUGCCUACACCACUAUAGAGUCUAAUCGUCUACGCUAUCUUAAGUUGAAUCAGUCGUCUUUGCGAUCUGACAGUUUUGACUCUAUUAAAGAGUCUGAAAAUGCUGGGAGGACUAAUAUGAAUGAACAAGGGACAGAAUUUGUGUUGCCAGCUUCUUUCACUGGUGGUCCUAGAUACAUGAAGAACAAUUAUUUGGAUGCUAUGACCAUUUGUAAGCAUUUCGGAUUUCCUGACCUUUUCAUCACCUUUACGUGCAAUCCUAAAUGGCCAGAGCUCACCAGAUUCCUUAAGACAAGAAACUUGAAGCCAGAAGACAGACCAGAAGUUAUUUGUCGGAUUUUCAAAAUGAAACUUGAAUCGUUGAUGGAUGAUUUAACUAAGAAGCACAUUCUUGGGAAGACAGUCUCAUCUAUGUACACAAUAGAGUUUCAGAAACGUGGUCUACCUCAUGCACACAUUCUUCUGUUCAUGCAUUCUGACUACAAGCUUCCCACCACAGAUGACAUAGACAAGAUUAUUUCUGCGGAAAUCCCUGAUAAAACAACAGAGCCUAAUCUUUAUGAAGUUGUUAAAGACAUGAUGAUGCAUGGACCAUGUGGAGCUGCGAAUAUGAAUUCUCCAUGCAUUGAGAAUGGAUUGUGUUCUAAGGGAUAUCCAAAACCAUAUGCUGAAAGGACUACCGUUAAUAAAGAUGGGUUUCCUGUAUAUAGAAGGCGUGAACAAGUGGAAAAUUAUGUCGAGAAGAGUGGUGUGAAAUGUGAUAAUCAAUGGGUUAUUCCUUACAAUAAGGAACUCUCUCUUCGUUACCGAGCUCACAUAAAUGUUGAAUGGUGCAACCAAGCCGGCUCAAUUAAAUACUUAUUUAAGUAUAUUAAUAAAGGUCAAGAUCGUGUCACUGUGGCUGUGGAACCUCCUGACCAUGUUGUUACAAACCAAUUGGGAAGUCUUGAUGGAAGUGUGGAGAAAAUAAAAGACGAAUUCAAAGAUUUUUUUGACUGCAGCAAAUAUAUAGCGUGUGUUAACAAUUUUUUUGUUUGUUGUAGAUAUGUUUCUGCCUGUGAAGGUGCCUGGAGAACUUUCGGUUUUCCAAUUCAUUAUCGAUCUACUGCAGUCGAGAAGCUUAGUUUUCAUCUUCCUGGAAAACAACAUGUUAUAUUCAAAGGUAAAGAUAAGAUGGAAGCUGUGGUUAGUCGUAAGCUCAUUGAGAAUACAAUGUUCUUAGCAUGGUUUGAGUUGUGUAAGAUCGAUUCACUUGCGAAAACCCUCACAUAUGCGGAAAUACCGAACUUCUUUACUUACGAUAAGAAGUUGAAGAAAUUCAAAAGAAGGAAAAGAGGAUUUAGUCUUGGCAGGAUUAAUUAUGCUCCACGUAAACAAGAAGAUUCAUAUUAUCUCCGCGUGUUGUUGAACAUUGUAAGAGGUCCUACCAGUUAUGAGGAUAUAAAGACAUUUGAAGGUGUUCUUUACGAGAGUUACAAAGAAGCAUGUUGUGCACGUGGCUUAUUAGACGAUGAUCACGAGUAUAUUGAUGAUUUGUUGAGGAGAAGUUAUGAUAGCUCUGCAAGUGAUUUACGACAGUGUUUUGCUAUGAUGCUUAAUAAUGAUAGUUUAGCAUCACCAGAGAAUGUUUGGGAACACACGUGGGAGUGUCUGUCGGAGGAUAUUGAAUAUAACCGGAGAAUAUAUUUCAAAAGACCAGGACUUGUGUUGAGUGAUGAGGAGAAGCAAAACUAUGCUUUACAAGAGAUUGAAAAGCUUUUGAGACACAACGGGGAUUCACUUGAGAGAUUUACUAAUAUGCCAAAGGUUCCAAAAUCAAGUAUUAACGAUUCAAAUGUUCUUAUACUGGAUGAGCGUAGCUAUUCGCGCGAAGUGUUGUUGGAAACCCUUGAGAGAGAUGUUCCAAAGAUGACAGAAGAACAAAGGAGAAUAUUUGAUGAGAUUCUUGAUGCUGUGACUAAAGGAACAGGAGGGACUUUUUUUGUUUAUGGAUUUGGUGGGACUGGUAAAACUUUCCUUUGGAAAUUACUAUCAGCAGCUAUUAGAUCUAAAGGCGAUAUUGUUCUUAAUGUUGCAUCGAGUGGAAUUGCUUCGUUGUUGUUACCUGGUGGUAGGACAGCUCAUUCUAGAUUUGGGAUACCUCUUAAUCCUGAUGAGUUUUCAUCAUGUGCGCUUGCUCAUGGAACAGAUCAAGCUAAUUUAGUAAAAGAAGCAUCGCUCAUUAUAUGGGAUGAAGCACCUAUGAUGAACAAGCAUUGUUUUGAAGCAUUGGAUAGAAGUCUGACUGAUAUUGUUGGGAAACACAGAAACAAACCUUUUGGUGGAAAAGUUGUUGUUUUUGGAGGUGAUUUUAGACAGGUUCUACCAGUAAUAAAUGGAGGUGGUAGGGCAGACAUUGUUUUGGCAACAUUGAAUUCUUCUUAUCUAUGGGAGCACUGUAAAGUUCUAAAACUCACAAAGAACAUGCGGUUGCUAUCUGGUUGUUUGACAACUGAAGAGGCAAAUGAUCUUAAGGACUUCUCAGAUUGGAUAUUAAAAGUGGGUGAAGGCAAACUCGCAGAGCCUAAUGAUGGCGAAGCUGAGAUCGAAAUCCCUCAAGAGUUUUUGAUUACCAACUCUGAAGAUCCUAUAGACGCUAUCAGCAAAGCCGUGUAUGGUGAUUAUUUAUCCUUACAAGAAAACAAAGAUCCAAGAUUCUUCCAAGAAAGAGCUAUUCUAUGUCCUACCAAUGAAGAUGUUAAUAUGGUCAAUGAUUACAUGUUGGAUAAGCUUGAUGGUAAUUUUAUAAAUAUUGCUAUCGAUUUAUUAGCUGACUUAUAUUCAUAUUUGUGUACUAAUCAAGUGUUUUGUAAUUUUGCAGGAGAAGAAAAGAUAUAUACCAGCGCAGAUAGUAUUGAUCCAAUUGACAAAAUUUCAUUCAAUGAUGAAGCUCUGGGUCCUGAUUUUCUCAACAAAAUAAAGGUUUCUGGUUUGCCAAACCAUAGUCUUAGGCUCAAGGUCGGAUGUCCUGUUAUGGUUUUAAGAAACAUAAAUCCUGCAGCUGGGUUAAUGAAUGGAACAAGACUACAGAUCACUCAACUUAUGGAUUUUAUGGUUAAAGCUAAGAUCAUUACUGGAGAGAAGGUCGGAAAUACAGUAUAUAUUCCUAGAUUGUUGAUCACUCCAUCAGACACAAGAUUGCCUUUUAAAAUGCGUAGAAGGCAAUUACCUUUGGCUGUGGCUUUCGCAAUAACUAUUAACAAAAGUCAAGGGCAAUCACUAUCUGAAGUUGGUUUAUUUCUACCAAGACCUGUGUUUUCACAUGGACAGCUAUACGUGGCUGUUUCAAGGGUCACAUCAAAGAAAGGACUGAAAAUUUUGAUUGUCGACAAAGAUGGUAAAGCUAAACAGAAAACUACUAAUGUUGUUUUCAAAGAGGUUUUUAAUAACCUUGAAGAGUCUGAGUGAUAAGGUAUUCUCGCAUUCUGAUUAUGUUUAAGUUUUUCUGCUGUUGUAGAUAUUUUAAAAAUUUAACCCCAACAACUGUUUUUGAGGCAUGCAGGUUCAGAUGAUGCAUUGAGAAUCGUUGGGAUGUAAGGGUAUCUCUUACUUGUGCGCAACCAGAAAGUGAUUUUUAUAUUUAUAUUGUUUAUGUUCCUUUCAUGAUUCAGACAAGCAUGAUUGUUUUCUCUAAGCAAAUUUGUUUAGUGUGUUUCUGAAGAUGGUUGUUUUAGUUUGACAAAUUAGAGUUUUUCUUUAACUGUUAUACUUAGUGUUUUUCUUUAAUUUAGAUAUUUAUGAACGUCUUUGUUAUUUAUAACACAUUCAUUCACAAGAACCCAGAUAUGCAUCGUUAUUCAAUCAAUCCUAAAGCCAUAUAAUACUAUCUAAGGCAAUGGUUCAAUCUUCUUUCUAAAUCUACAUUGCUUUCAUCUAAGUUAAGAUCAUAGUUACUAACCGUGAGUUGUUGUCUGGAUUCACUUGCUGAACGUGGGAGAGAAACUUCUUUCUUCAUAGCUUCUGAUCGUUCUUUCACCAACAUCUGUUCAUUAAAAAAAAAAACUCACGCUCAGCACACUAGAAAAGUACACAAAAUUAAUAACUGCCCCUCCUUACUUCUUUUCAACUUACUUGGGCUCUGAUCACGAAAAUCACUUUCUUCCUUCUCCACUGCCUUGCCAAAGAAAAGGUUCUCUGUAGAAGCAACCUCACCAGACUCCUUUGAUAGAACUUCCCGAUCUAUCAACUCCAUUAUAGGUCCAAUAAACUUCUUCUAUGUUUGAGGGAAUUAUACAUAAGCUGUUAUGCCAAUUCCAAUAAAUAUACACACUUACAAACCAAAUAAAUAAUUAACAAAAAUGAGAAACACUUUUAUAUUGCUCAUGAAUGAACAAUGGCAGAUUCUUCAAGGCCCGCCAAGGGGUCAAUUUGCAAACAUUGAAAUGAAAUUUGACAAGAAACAUCAUCACCAAAUUAAUAUACAGUUACCAAAUUCUCUAAUUAAUUGAAUAAUUAACAAAAAAUACUUACCAUGUACACUCUGAUAAUCUCAAAUCCUCUUCCAUCUUCUCUGUUCGUAUUCUCCUAUGAAGCCCGUGUGUUAAGACAUGAAUUUUUAUAAACUACUCUUCUAUGAAAUGUUUCUUAGCUUGACGCCUGCUCCCGUUCUACAUGAUGUAGAUCGCCAACAAUCAAUGUCUAGAGCAAAAUUUAUCAAAACCUAAAGAACCUCUAAAACAGAAGCUUUAUAGAAAUAAAACAAAACCUUAAGAUUCGCAAAAGGAAAAGCUUUAAUAGUGAUUAGGGGUGGUUACCGUUUUUCUCUUACGAUCUGCACUCAUAUUCUUAGGUUUGAUUUGGAAUCAGAAGAACAUGUCGUCUGGAUCUUAUGUUUGUUUUGAUCGAAAAAUAUUUUUUUAUCAAUUUUUGUCGGUGACAAAGAAAACUGUUCGUUUGUUCCCGGAAAAAAAAAUAACAGAUACCUAAUGAGUUUGUUUUGAUAAAACGUUUUUUUUUUGGGCCCAACCCACUUUUAAAACAUGACAGCCCAAAUCAUAAUCUUUAUUUUGUUUUUUUGCAACAUCAUGCCCAAAUCAUAAUCUAAAUUACAUUUUCAUUGAAAUUUUGAUUAAUAUUUUGUUUAUAAAAAUUAUCUAAAGAAAUAAAUUAUUGAAUGGUUAAAAAAUAUGAAUCUUCUUUCUUUCUAUAAAAACAUAAAUUUAAUUUGAAAUAUAAAGACUUUGUUUACAUAAAUUCAAUAAAAUUGAUAGCAUAUCUAUAUUAUUAAAGAAUUAUUAACAUUUUAAUAUUAUAUAUGUGCUAUGUAGCUUUUUGUAAACAAAAAAUUGUACAUUUACAAUGGAAAACAAAAAAACGUUAUUAAAAAGAAUACUAAUACCGCGAUACAAUUCUCUAACAUCGUGACACAUCUAAAGUAUAUAAUAUUUACAUGGAAAACAAAAAUCAUUCUUGCAAAAGCCAACACCCGCGCGGGCGCGCGGGUCCAUCUCUAGUAAUACAUUAAACAAAUAAGCAAAUGGAAAACGCCACAAAUACUAUAGUACCACUUUCAUGUUUACACUAAGCACUUUUACCAUCACUUUUAAUAAAAGAUAAGAAAACACUUAUACUCUUAAGGAUUAACUAAUCUAAAUUUAGGGUUUAGAGUUAAACGGUGUGGUAGGAUUUUUGGAAUGUAAAAUUUAGAAUUCUAAUAAAUAUAUAAAUAAAUACUUAAAAUAUAUAAAAAAAUUUAAAAAUAGUUUCAAAUAUAAUUUUUUGAUUUUCAAAAAGAAAUUUUGAAAAAUAAUAAUAAAAAAACAAAUUUAUAAAAAGUUCAAAUUUGAAAAAGUAUAAUUCGAAAACAUAAAAACAAAUUUUAUUUUUUUCUUAUUAUUAUUUUUAUUUAUUUAAAUAAUGAUCUAUUAUAUAUGUAAAUAACAAGGGUAUAAAAGUCUUUUGCCACUUAAUAGAUAAGAUAUUCUUGAAAAUAUUCAUUUAGUGGUGGUAAAGAUGAAAAAUGGUACCACGAAAGUGAUAAACAUAAAAUUUUGCUAUAAGAGCACCUCCAAUGAAGAGUUUUACACAAUUUAGGGGACACCAUAACUGCAUACAUAUAUACAAUAUAUACAUACACAUAUUCAUAUUUAAAACUCCAAUGAAUAGAACUUCCAUUCCAGUGGAGGUGCUCUAAUUAAUAAUGGGUCCCCUUAGAUAACUAUUUUUUAUUGUAGUUUAAGUUUUUAACUAGAUUUUGAUCCGCGUUUGAAAAGCGCGGAUUUGUUUUCAAAAUUAAAUAAAUUUAUAUUAAAUAAUUUUUAUACAAUCUAGUGUAGUUUUGGACACAUGUAUCCGAAACCGCGAAUCGAAUUAUACCAAGCUGAAAAAAUGAAACUAAACUUGAACUGAUUUUCAUAAACAACCGAACAUAUCAUAUAUAUCUAAAACCAAAAAUUAUUUAAAAUAAAUUUACUUAAUGGUGCUAAGAAAAAAUUCUAAUUUUACUAAUUAACUUAACUCUUUUUAAUGGAUAAAUAUGUGGUUUAUCGACGAUUAAAAUAUGAUAUUCGACCCGGACCUGUGGUCGUAGCGGUAACCCCAAUGACCAUAUAUAAUUAAGAUUGAUAUAUGUUCUUCAUAUAGUAUUUUAUUAUAGGUUCUACCAACUGAUAUAUUUCUACAAAAUUCGAAUUUAUUGAAAACCUAUUAAUUCAAAAUUCGGUAAAAUCUAAAAACUCGCCAUUAACUUUUGAACCGUUUGACCCAAAAAAAACCUAGAAAAAUAUGAAGAAUUGUACACAUCAGUAUAUAAACCAUUUAUUGGUUUAAAAUAUGAAGUAUUAUACAUGCAUCGGAAAGAUUAAUAAUAUAGUUAUUGUGUAUAAAAUGUGUACCUAAAAAUUCCUUCUUAGGACAUCAAUUAAUAAUAACUAGAUCAUGACCCGCCCGACCGGGCGGGUGUUUAUUUUUUGUUUCAAAUUUGUUUUGUUUAUAUUCAUGAUUUAUUUGUAAUAGUUAGUCUGUAUUACAUUGAGUAGUGACUGUAUCCGUGUUAGUAAUCAUAUUUUAUGAACGAUAUUUAAUAUCAAAUAGAGAAAGUGGAAAAUAAAAAUGAAGAUAAUGAUGCAUUAAAAUAAGAAAUAUAAAAAAAAACAAUUUUGCCAAUUUAAAAUAUAAUGAAAUAAAUAAUUAUGAGUUAGUAUAAUAUAUAUGAAAAGGAAAAUUAAGGUAUAAUUUUUUAUUGAGAUAUAUUUAUUCUAAGGCUAUGGAAAUAUAACAUAUUAAAAU